GGGCAUUGUUUGGCUAUAAAUAAGGAUGAUGUCCAUUGCACUUACGCCCACACACACAGAUUGGUAGACAUAGACAAUUCCACAUUAAACAUACCAUUUCCUUCUCCGACAUCUUCCCUUUUUUCUUUUAUUUUUAUUUUUUGUGUUGAUUCCACAGAAUUUGACAAAUUGAGCUUUUUGGCUUCUGUCUGUACUCUCAAUUGUACCUCCAUAACAAACACAAUCAUCAUCCUCAACAACAACAACAACAUCAAAACAACAUUUCUUCUUCCCCUCCCUUCAUCAUCAUGUAUCAACCCGAUUCUCAUUCUGGCUUCCUUCAUCUCUCUUCUUCUUCCUCCUCCUCCUCCUCCUCCUCCUCCUCCACUCCUCCUCAUAUUAACCUCUUUCUAGAACUCUUGUCAUUUUUUGAAGACCCAGUCCGUCAUAAAAACUCCCCACUUCUCCUUCGUUCAUCCGUCAUUGAAAUCUUCAACGAAGCUAAAUCUCUGUUUUCACUUGCUUUCCCCAUUGUUCUUACGGCUCUCAUUCUCUACUCUCGUUCCAUUCUUUCCAUGCUUUUCUUAGGUCAUUUGGGUGAUUUGGAACUAGCGGCUGGCUCUUUAGCCAUCGCUUUUGCUAACAUCACGGGUUACUCUGUUUUAUCAGGUCUUGCUUUGGGGAUGGAGCCACUCUGUUCUCAAGCCUUUGGUGCCCACCGUCCUAAACUCCUCUGUUUAACUCUUCACCGUUCUGUCAUUUUCCUUCUUGUUUCUUCAUUACCCAUUUCAAUUCUUUGGCUUAACAUCUCCAAAAUCCUUCUCUUCCUUCACCAAGAUCCCACCAUCACUAAAUUAGCUCAUACUUACUUAAUCUUCUCCCUCCCUGAUUUGCUCUGUAACUCCUUCAUUCACCCCAUAAGGAUUUACCUUCGAGCUCAAGGAAUUACUCAUCCUCUAACCUUGGCUUCUCUCGCCGGUACUAUUUUCCAUUUACCAAUUAAUCUCCUCCUCGUUUCCCACUUCCGAUUUGGCAUCGCCGGCGUUGCUGCUGCCUCCGCCGCCACGAAUUUUGUUGUUCUGCUUUUCUUGAUCCUUUACAUCGUGGCCUCUGGCAUCUUCGUCCCCACAUGGAGCCCACCCACACGCGAGUGCCUGACUGGAUGGACCCCACUUCUGAAACUCGCCGCUCCGAGCUGCGUUUCGGUUUGUUUGGAGUGGUGGUGGUAUGAGAUCAUGAUCAUUCUCUGUGGACUUUUAGCGAACCCCAAAGCCACCGUUGCUUCAAUGGGUGUGUUGAUUCAAACCACCUCCUUGAUUUACAUCUUCCCUUCUUCUCUCGGCUUCGCCGUUUCCACUCGAGUCGGUAACGAACUCGGAGCCAAUCGUCCCGGAAAAGCAAAACUAUCCGCCGUGGUGGCCGUUUUUCUCGCCGGAAUCAUGGGGGUAUCCGCCACUACUUUCGCCGUCUCAAUGCGAAACAUCUGGGCACGGAUUUUCACGAACGAUCUCGAAAUCUUACGUCUUACAUCCACAGCGUUACCAAUUUUGGGUCUCUGCGAGAUCGGAAACUGUCCCCAGACGGUUGGUUGCGGCGUUUUGAGAGGCAGUGCUCGUCCGUCAACGGCGGCGCGUAUAAAUUUAAGUGCGUUUUAUUUAGUGGGGAUGCCGGUGGCGGUUGGGCUUGGGCUUCUUUUAGGAGUCGGGUUUUCGGGUUUAUGGUUGGGCCUAUUGUCGGCUCAAGUGAGUUGUGCCGGCCUUAUGUUGUAUGUAAUUGGAAGUACCGAUUGGGAUUUACAAGCAGAGAGGUCGAAGGAGUUGACAUCCGACGUCGUUUUCGGUAACGUAGACGACGACGACGUCGGGGAAACCAUUCCUCUCAAUUCUGUAGUCGUUGUCGUCGUCACGGAAAACACUAAACCCUAAAUUCAAAUUUUUGAAGGAAAAAAAAAAGGAUUAUUUCUUACUCUUUCUUCUUCUCGAGUUUGGUUUUGUGAUAUUAAUCAAUCCUACUCUUGUAUUUUCGUACCCCACUCAAAAAAAUUGUAUGUAUACAAAAAAAAAAAAAGGAAGGAAUGGCAUGAUUUUUUUCUGUGUUGUGUA